GGCUCAGAGGGGCGAGCGAAGCCCCGGUCGCUGGCCCUGAGGGGAAGAUGUCAAGCCCCACGCCGUACAUAGGCAGCAAGAUCAGCCUGGUCUCCAACUCGGAGAUCAGGUAUGAAGGUGUUCUUUACACCAUCAACACGCAGGAGUCAACCAUAGCGUUGCAGUCUGUGAGAUGUUUUGGCACGGAGGGAAGGAAGACGCCUGAAAUCCCGCCAUCCAAUGAAGUUUAUGACUUCAUCAUCUUUCGCGGUCAGGACAUCAAGGACCUCACAGUGCUGGAAUCUGGAAAUCCAGCCAUGAACGAUCCUGCGAUCUUGUCUGUGAACAAGGCCCCUGCUAGCAAAGGCGAAGGCCUUCUGAAGGGUCUGGAGAAAGGCGGCAAGGGUGAGGAGAAGGGGAAGGGAGUGAAUGGCUCCAAAGGCUAUGAUGCCAAGGGUGGAAAGGAGAAAGGCUACGAUGGCAAGGGCUAUGGCUACGAGAAAGCUUACGAUGCCAAAGGCUACGAUGCCAAAGGCUAUGAUGCCACACCCUACGACGCCAAAGGCUAUGAUGCCAAGGGCUACGACAACAAGGGCUACGAUGGCAAGAGCUAUGGCAAAGGCUACGACGGCAAGGCCGAGAAAGGACAUGAAAAGGGCCAUGACGGGAAAGGUUAUGGCGAUGGCAAAGACAGGGCCAAAGGUAAGGAUGGCAAGGGAAAAGACGGGAAAGGAAAAGAUGGAAAAGGAAAAGAUGGGAAGGGCAAAGAUGCUCCCAAAGGCAAAGGAGAGAGGGAUGCCAAAGGCAAAGAUGGAAAAGGGAAGGGAAAAGACCCCAAGGGCCUUGCCAAAGGCAAAGGAGAGGGGAAAGGAAAGGGUGAGAAGGGCAAGGGAAAGGAUGAGGAAGGUGAGAAAGGGAAGGGUCGGGAGAAAGGCAAGGGCAAAGAAGGGAAAGGCAAGAAGGGAGAGAAGGGUGAGAAGGGCAAAGGAAGACGGCGUGGAGGCAAUGGCAUCGUCGGUGAGCUUCUGCCGGAGGAUUUUGAUUUCGAAGAGUCAGCGCAGAAAUUCAACAAGGUCUCUGCAAACGAUGAUCUGAAGCCCCUGGAGGGAUACGACAAGGGCAAGUCCUUCUUUGAUCAGAUCUCUUGCGAGGCAACCGAACGUUCGGGCGAAGCCGGCCGCCAUCGUGCUGACCGAGACAAGGUGCGUGACGCCGACCGGGCCGCCUUCGGCGAGUCCAAGCAAUGAGGGCUACUGAAGCGGAAGAUGAGCUUUGCCGUCGGCAACCUCAUGGCAGAAGCUUCCUUUUGAGUGCGGAUCUAUUUGGUAUUGCAGUACACCCCAUUGUCGAACAGCGUGCAGCAAUGGAACCUGCCAGCGGUUGGGUCCGCGAGCAAGCACCUGACUUCAGCAUUUCAGUAGCAUUGGAAGCUUCAGCUGCUUAGCUUUGGCAUGCAAACGGAUUGGG